GCUGUUAUUUAUUCAAUUUUCCUUUACCCUAUAACCCAAAGGCUGGUUCACUGUAUUAUCAUUACGCGCAGGAAUAGCUAUGGAUUUGGAUCCCCAAAUUGUACCUGUGAUCAACGCGAUGCAGGAAAAAAUAGAAACGAUCAAAACCAACCUCCUGCCAAAGCUCGACGCGUUAGACGAGGACUUGGUUGUUUCUCAUUAUUCCUUGGAAGAGCAGGCUCGUUUGUUUUUAGCCGCGGCCUUCGCGACUUCGUUAUCGAUGUAUUCGCUGGAUAAACUUCAAAAUCGCGCGCACCCACACGAUGCCGCCCACGCGAAACGAGUCGGGGAGACCUCGGAGCUGAACCCCGGCGUGGACUUGCAGCUCGCCUUGAAAAUCGAGCGCAUCACGGAUUACAUCAAAAAACUCCGCGAGAUCACCGAUCUGGCGAAUGAACGGCGCCUGCAGCAGCAACCCAGCGAACGCGCGGGGGAAUCCGCGUCGGCGAAGGUAGGGGAGAAGCGUCCGCGUGAGGAAUCUGCCGCCAAGGAGGGGGAAUCUCGCGACGGGAAGGAAGCGGGAUCCCCCGCGGGGGGGGAUUUUGGCGACGAGGCGAUGUUUCGCGUUGUUUCCCGCGUUCCCGGCGAGGUAGGGCGGUUGGUAAGUCGUCUUCUCACCCACACGACGACGACGAAUACGUCGUAAUCGCCACCCCAGACGUUUGCAUCGAUCGAUUGAUAAAUUUAUAGAUACUAUUUAUUGAUUGCUUGAUACGCGAGUGGAGGGAUACCAAACGGAAUUCUUCAAAAGAAUUGUCCGCAAUUGAUGUCCAUUUAAUAUGAGUCUUAAUAUUUGGUGGACAAAACUUCCGGUUUCUUUUUGGAUGGUUACACCGUAACAUUAAGCGUUUAAUGAAACAUAAAAAA